AUGGAGGAAUCAACAAGAGUCGAGAUGGAUUGUAAUCAAACGGAAAACAAGGAAAGUAUCGCCAACGUGCAAAAAUUCAUGCAAGAUGGGUGCGGAUGUCGUCGAGGAUUGAAAAGUAGUCAGUGUUCUGAUCAACUUACAGAGGAAACCAUUCUAGAUAAUCUAUACAACUGCCUGGAACUGUCUCACGUGGAGCUGGAGUUGGUUGUCUUAGCAAACAUUCAAGCUUUUACGGCGAUUGAAGCAAUCGGGGAAAAAAGAAAAAGAAGUCCACCUUACAGCUUCCUUUAUCAGUCUCAGCCCAUCUGCAAGGAGAUGUUUCUGAACCUCUACGGCAUCAGCAAAUCCCGGUUUCAAAGGCUUGUGAACCAUUAUCAAAAUCAUGGUAUUUCUCUGCGAAUACACGGGAACAGCAAGAGACUACCACAUAACGCGCUACCACUGGACGUUGCUGAGGAUAUCAAAAACUUUCUGAGCAACUAUGCAAAUGAAAAUGCUGUGCUGCUUCCAGGAAGGAUCCCUGGUUUUAAAAACGAGGACAUUCAGCUACUCUCAUCGAGCGACACGAAAAUGAAUGUAUGGAAGUCGUUUAAAAGAGCCUGUGAAGAGUCGAACAAGCAAGCUGUAAGUUACACUAAAUUUACCGACUUGUGGAAACAAUUUUAUCCAAACGUUGUCGUGUCGAAACCGAUGACCGACUUAUGCUUCACCUGCCAACAAAACACUUCCAAGUUAUUUCGAGCAGGCAAUCUUCCAGAAGAAGAAAAGUCCGAAUGCGUUCAAACACAACAGGAGCAUUUGAAUUCAGUGAAAGCAGAGAGAGAGCUUUAUCGAAAGGUUUGCGAAGGGGUGAAAUGCAGUUUUCAGGCCGUCGAGGACCAAAUAGACCUUGAUGAGCGUCACGAAUCGUGCUCACUGACAACUACAAUGCACUACUCCUUUGACUUCGUACAACAGGUGCAUAUACCAAGCAACCCUAUGCAACCCGGGCCAAUCUACUUUAAAACGCCGCGUAAGUGUGCGAUUUUUGGAGUGAUGUGCGAGGCGAUCCCUCGGCAGGUAAACUACCUGAUUGAUGAAGCCAGUGACGUCGGUAAAGGAGCAAACACCACCAUAAGUUACAUGCACCAUUACUUCGAACAUCAUGGACUUGGAGAAACUUCUGUUCAUCUUAAUGCCGAUAAUUGUUCAGGCCAAAACAAAAACAAUUAUUUUAUAUGGUACUUGGCUUGGAGGACAAUACUUCAACUUCAUCAUUAUGUUAGAUACUCAUUUUUGAUUGCUGGACAUACGAAGUUUGGUCCUGAUCGUUGUUUUGGCAUCAAGAAAUCAUACAAACUGAACUACAUAUCGUCAGUAUAUGAAUUUGCCAAUAUGGUAGAGUCAUCAAGCACUGGGAUCAACAAAGCACAGCUUGCUGGGACACAUGAUGGAACAGUUAUCGUCCUGGUAUAUAACUGGUCUUCUUUUCUUGAACGGUUCUUUAAAAGGGUACCAAAUAUCAAGAAAUACCACCACUUUCGCUUUUCCAAAGACGAACCCGGUAGAGUUUAUUUCAAAGAGCUUCACUCGUCUCCCGAACAUUCUUUGAUGCUAUUGAAAGAUCGCGCAGUCCUUCCCCCUGCCUCACAGCUGCCAGCCAAACUGAAUCCAGCAGGGUUGAGCCAAGAACCAAAGGAGUAUCUAUUCCGUGAGAUCCACCAGCACCUUAAA